AUGGAUAACAAGAAACAGAUCACAGCUACUAAUGUAUCCGUUGCCGGAAAAUCUAAACAAUUGUAUCCUGCUAAUAAAGGUAAACCAACAACGAAGCAAAUAUUAGCUACUGGUGCGACAUCCAGUUCGCACACUACCACUGCUAAAGUAGUGAACUCUUCAAAGGAUUCUUUUCUCGUCCAAGAUUGUAUCCUCUUCUGGUUGGACACGAAUAUAAAUUUAGAUGAUGACUAUUAUAUUAAUAUACUCAAACAGUUUCAAUCAAUUGUGGGUAAUAUUCAUGCAUUCAACAACACUGAUCAAUGUGUCGAUUUUCUAAAAAAAUCUCAAAAUCAAAAAGUAUCAUUGAUAGUAUCUGGUUCUGUUGGCCAACAAAUUAUUUCUCGUAUUCAUAGUAUACCUCAGCUCAUAACUAUAUUUAUCUUUUGUCAAAAUCAAUUCAAAUAUGAGUCAUUGAAAAUAAAUUGGUGCAAAGUUCAAGGUAUUUUUACCGAUAGUACAACUCUAUGUAAUUCAAUAAAGCAGCUAGCACGCCAAUUUGAAGAAGACUCGGUAGAUAUUAGUUUCGUGCCCGAAAAUGAUAUAUCUGGUCAAGAUUUAGAUCAACUUGAUCAAUCAUUUAUGUACACGCAGUUAAUUAAAGAAAUUCUCCUCGAGUUGGAAUACGAUGAGCAAAGUAUUCAUAGUUUUCUUACAUAUUGUCGUCAACAGUAUUCAGAUGAUGUAGAAGAAUUAAAAAAAAUUCAAGAUUUUGAAAGAAGAUAUAAUAGUGAGACACCUAUAUGGUGGUAUACGUUAGAAUGUUUCAUUUAUAAAACACUUAACACAGCGCUUCGUAAGCAACAAACGGAUGUUAUUAUUAGCAUGGGUUUUUUUAUUCGCAGUCUUGAUGAAAACAUUAGGCAAUUGCAAGUAGCGCAAGCGAAUGAGUUGGAAAAUGAAUUUAUUGUCUAUCGUGGUCAAGGUAUCGAGCCAGAAAAUUUUGAAAAAUUGAAAAAAACAGAAGGUGGAUUAAUCGGAUUCAGUAGUUUAUUAUCAACAAGUAAAGAAAAAAUUGUUGCCAUAAAAUUUGCUGAAAACGCUCUAUACGAUCAUCGGUCAAUCAGUAUUCUGUUCAUUAUCAAAGUUGAUAUAUCGGUCUCAUCAACUCCCUUUGCUGCUAUACAACAGUGUAGCGAAUCCGAAUAUGAAAGAGAAAUUUUAUUCUCAAUGCCGACUGUUUUUCGCGUUAAUGAUAUAAAACCAAGCGGCUUUAACAAUCGAAUCUGGUGUGUUCAUCUCUCAUCGACAAGUGAUAAUGACAAACAGCUUCAUCAAUUAACUGAACGAAUGCGAGAAGAAAUUAAAGGGCCAUCGGCAUUGCAUCGAUUGGGUGCGUUGAUGAUCAAACUUAGUAUGUUUGCCAAAGCUGAGGAAGUAUACAAAAUUUUGCUCAAUCGUAGUUCCGAUGAACUCGAAACAGGAUAUAUGUAUUAUCAGCUUGGGCACAUCAAGGACAAUCAACAAAAGUAUGAUGAAGCACAUGACUUCUACCGAAAGGCACUUACAAUACUUCUUAAGCAUCUCUCGGCGGAUCAUCCUAACAUAGCUUCUUGCUAUAACAACAUUGGUCUAGUCUAUGAUAAUAUGAAUGAAUAUUCGAAAGCACUGUCAUUUUAUGUAAAAGCGUAUGCAAUCUACGAGAAAGCCCCUCCAGGCGAUCAAAAGAAUCUAGCGAAUUGUUGCAGCAGUAUUGGUUUGAUAUAUAAUAGUAUGGACAACUAUUCAAAAGCAUUUUCAUUUUGCAAAAAAGCACAUGAUAUUUUUAAUAAAGAACUUCCAGCGAAUCAUCCACUAUUGGCUACUUCGUAUAAUAAUAUUGGUUUAGUUUACGCUAACAUGAAAAAGUAUUCGGAAGCAUUUGCUUCAUAUAAACGUGCAGUUGAUAUUGGCCAAAAAGUGUUACCACGUGAUCAUCCAAAUCUUGAAGUUUAUAAACGAAAUCUUGAAUCUGUCCGGCAGAAAAACAAUAAAUGA